AUGAACGACGUUACUUGCAACGAUUCUGCACGGUUUUACCCCAUAUCCACUGAACUCAAAGAUCUUCGUUCGACUUUUAUCGCCAACUGUGUCUUCAACAAUUUUCUUACUCACACUUCCAUCAUUUUGAAUACUGUGACAAUCUACGCUAUCCACAAAACCUCGGCAAUCGCAAAAACUUUGAAAACUCUGCUGCUGAGUCUUGCCAUCUCGGAUGUUGCUGUUGGUUUGUUUAACCAACCAUUAUACACUUUCUUUCUGGUCAAGUGGUUACAACUGGACAAUCUUAACUGUAAUAUUUACCGAGCGCUGAAUAUUUCAGGUUAUUUAUUCUCAGCUGUUUCUUUUCUUGGUGUUGUGGCUGUAAGUGUAGACAGGUUCUUAGCUGUUCAUCUUCAUCUCAGAUAUCAAGAGCUUGUUACUCAAAAGCGUGUUGUUGUUGUGGUGAUCAGCAAAUGGUUGUGCAGUGCAUUUGUUUCUUCGAUAGCAUUGUGGGGGUUGCCUGGUGCUCGGAGUAUUACAAAGUCAGUCGUUGUAGUUUUCGGUUUCAUUGUCACGUUUGUGGUGUACACCAGGAUAUAUUUAACUGUCCGACGGCACAAAAAUCAGAUUCAUUCUAUGCAAGUACAAGAAGUAGCUCAUUCUGAUGAAAUAAAACACUUCAUUGUUCUCAUUAAAUCCACAGUUAGCAUAUUUUACGUAUAUCUCUUGUUGUUGAUUUGUUAUUUGCCUUUUUUGAUUUGCACGGCUGUUAUUCGAAUCUAUGGCUCGAGUAUCGCUUUAAAACAAUUUUUACUUUACUCAAUGACUCUCAUAUUUCUUAAUUCAUCUUUGAAUCCUGUCAUUUACUGCUGGAAGAUGAGACACAUUCGACACGCUAUCAUGAACAUACUUCGAAAGAUGUCUAGGAAGAGCAAUCGGCCAUUACGGAUACACUACAAGCGAUCAUCGAGUGUCGUCCAUGUUGAUAACUGA